AUGGAUGGGGAAGGAGUGUUCAGCUGGCCUAACGGAGACAAGUAUUCAGGGGUAUAUAUCAACGGAAGGAGAAAUGGAUUAGGGGAUAUGACCUAUGGGGACGGGGACGUUUACAAGGGAGCUUGGAGGAACGGACAGUACCACGGACAAGGAGAAUACAAAUGGAUCAAUGGUGAUGUAUAUACUGGAGACUGGAGGGAUGGAGUCCCCCACGGAUACGGAGAAUUUAUCUACGGACCACAUAAGGCCGGAGAGAAAUAUUCAGGGCAGUACGAGCAGGGAUUCAGACAUGGUUUUGGAACGUAUUAUUACGCAGACGGAAGGAAGGCCCAACAGGUUAUGUAG